AUGGCAAGAAAAAGUUUGAUUCAGAGGGAGAAGAAGCGGCAGAAAUUGGAACAGAAAUAUCAUUUGAUUCGUCGAUCUUCAAAAAAAAAAAUAAGCGAAGUUCCAUCGUUGAGUGAAAAAUGGGAAAUUCAUGGAAAAUUGCAAUCCCCACCACGUAAUAGUGCACCUAUACGUCUUCAUCGACGUUGUUUUUUGACUGGAAGACCUAGAGCUAACUAUCGAGACUUUGGGCUAUCUGGACACAUACUUCGAGAAAUGGUUCAUGCAUGUUUGUUACCGGGCGCAACAAGAUCAAGUUGGUAA